UUUUAUUCUGAUUUUUGACCGACUUGUUCUCUGCUUCUGGGCGAUGGAUACCUAGAUCCAUGUUCUGACGGUGAUAUAAAUAAUGAUUUGAGUUCACUCUAUGUAGAAAUAAUCGACAAGAAUCGAUCGUACUACAAAUGCACGAUUUGUGGGCGAAAGUUGUCGAGGAAACAAAGACUCAAAACACACUUGAGUUGUGUUCAUGGCAAAGGUUCAAGCUUUUACUAGUUAUCCAGGAGAGGUCAGCUCUCCAGUCACAUACAACAAAACACCAGGAGAUGUGGCACAACAUACUGGAGUGGACACUGGAUCAUUGUAUGGUGGAGUUUUUGCUGGGAUAAUAAUCUUGGCUUUUGCGAUCAUCAUUAUUGCUUUAAUUAUAAGAAAACACAGAAGACGAAGAGAUUCCACAGAACUCAAGAACAAUCGUUAUGCUGUGGCUAACUCUAAUGACAGUGGGAUAGGAGAUAAGGACUCUCUUGACCGUGUGCCUGGGAUCAAGUAUCUUCAAGGGCGACGUGGAUCAGAAGAUGUAGUGGGUCCAGGAAAGUUUGUAACAAUCAAACCCAUUCCUAUUGAAAAGCUGAGAGAAUACUGUGAAAUCAAUCAAGCUGAUGGCAACAAGGCAUUUAGAGAAGAGUUUGUGUCCAUCCGGGUACCAGGAAACUUCACAUGGGAGAGCAGCCAGAGACCAGAAAAUAAAGCCAAGAACAGAUACAAGAACAUUAUUCCAUAUGACCACACGAGGGUGCAAUUAGUGGAGUUGGAUGGUUAUCCAGGAAGUGAUUACAUCAAUGCCAACUUCAUUGAUGGUUACAAUCAUCACUGCAAGUUCAUUGCUACACAAGGUCCUGUUGCUAGCACAUUUGGAGACUUCUGGCGAACGGUCUGGGACCAAGGCGUUUGUAUCAUUGUCAUGGUUACAAACAUGGUGGAAGGAGGACGGAUAAAGUGUCUGAAGUAUUGGCCGAGCGCCAGUCCAGAAAUGUACGGUCCUGUCCUGGUUUCUCCGGGUGAUGAGGAAGAACUUGCUGACUAUGUGAUUAGAAAGUUUUCUGUUCAGAUGACCUCAGACACAGCCGAGUAUCGCGCUCGUGAGGUGAUACAGUAUCACUUCACGGCUUGGCCUGAUCAGGGGGUCCCUACCCACGCAACCUCCUUGCUUGCUUUCCUGAAGAAGGUCCGUGCCUCUGUGCCAGAGGAUUCUGGGCCCAUUUUGACCCACUGCAGUGCUGGUGUAGGACGCACCGGGACAUACAUUGUACUUGACGCCAUGUUGGACCAAAUAGAUGCUGAGGGGGUGGUAGACAUCUAUGGUUUUGUCUGUCAUAUCCGUCAACAGAGAAGCGCCAUGGUGCAGACAGAGGCCCAGUACGUAUUUAUCCAUGACGCUCUGGUGGAGUAUGUCACAUGUGGCAGUACAGAAUUUGCUGUGCGUGACCUACCAGAGAAUUUGCGUGUUCUUAACACCAUUGAUCCAGACAGUGGAGAUUCGCUUCUGGUGGUGGAAUUCAAGAACCUUGGCCUGGGUGACUCAGAUUACGAUUCAUUCAUCAGCGCCUCUCAGCCUGAAAAUAAAUCCAAGAACAGAUUUGCCAUACUCCCAUUUGAUCGAUCAAGAGUAAAACUGUGGCCUUUCACGGGUAUGGUGGGGUCUGAUUACAUAAACGCAAGUUUUGUAGACAGUUUCCAGCAGCGCGAGGCAUUCAUUGCCACCCAGGCCCCGUUGGAUACUACGGUCGUUGAUUUCUGGCGAAUGACCUGGGAAUAUGAAGCUAAUUGCAUUGUCAUGUUAUGCACACAGAACGAGAGAGAAGAGGGAAUCUGUGCAUCUUAUUUGCCUCACAAAGAGGAGUUCAUUGUUUAUGGUUUGUUGAUGAUCGAGAUUGAAGCGGAAGAUCUGAGAAAUGGUUUCUGUAGAAGACAACUGAAAAUUACGAACACAAAGAGCGGUGAAGAGCGCACCCUUUAUCAUUUUCAUUUCACGGACUGGGCAGAGCGCUCAAUUCCUCUUAAUGGUGUCGGGCUUCUUGACAUGAUGAAAUGUAUCACAAGGGUGCAGCAGCAGACAGGCAAUGGACCAAUAGUCGUCCACUGCAGUGAUGGAAGUGGUCGUACUGGCACUUUCUGCGCUAUUAAUAUAGCGCUGGAGCGGGUCAAACUUGAUGGUUCAGUAGACAUGUUUCAGACCGUACGGCGCUUGCGUACUCAGAGACCUCUUAUGGUACAGACAGCGGAGCAGUACAAGUUCUGUUACGAAAUGGUACGAUUGUUUGUGGACUCCUUCAGCGAUUAUGCGAACUUCAAGUGAUGCGAAAAUGCUGGAAUAUCUUCACAAACAAGACAAGUGCUAUACAAAGUGUUGCAUAUUACGUGAUGCCUCUUGUCUCAGAGAGCUGGUAGAGCCCUUUAACAUUAUUUAUGAAAAAGAUUCAAUGCCCUCUUUGUUGGAGAAGUCAGCACCAUUUCUCAUCAGAUAGAGAGAACAGACAACUCAAGAAAUAGAUACAGUGAUCUUUUAUUCUCGAUGAAUGAAAAAAAAACCCUGUACGGAAAGAGAACUUCAUGCCAUAACGAAGUGAAGUUCAUGAGUUGUUGGUAGUGGUUCUUUGAAGUUAAAAUGUGCUUCCCAAGUGCACUUAAAAGGAAAGGAACGAUUGUUUCGAUCACGGUAUUAAUUUUGUUUCUGCAAUAAUGUUUAAUUUUCAUGGGUAUUUUCUUGGAAAAGUGAUGUAAUAGUUAAGAUAUUUUAAAAUUGGUGCUAAAUUGCUCAGACGCAUAAUUCUAGAAUCUCUGUAAUUUCAACUGGACCUCACUUGACUUAUCCACGGUUUCAUUAGGGUGUUAU